GAGCGACCCACCUUGCCCAAAGGGCACCAGGCCGAGACUGGCUCUGCUUGCCACAGCGCCCUCUAUAAAUACCCCGCCGUGCUGACAACAAGCAGCGCGUCUUCCAAGCUCGCCUGCGGGGGUGUGUCACAGCGCCCCCUGCUGACCCUUCCCCGCCAUAACAAGCUGAGCUCCCUCUCUCUGACUCAGGGGUCUGCAUGGCCGCGCACGAGAGCAGCUACAACACCCAGGCCACCAACUACAACAGCUGGGACGGCAGCACCGACUUCAGCAUCUUCCAGAUCAACAGCCGCUACUGGUGCCAGAACGGGGACGAGUACAGCUCCAACAUCUGCCAAAUUCCCUGCAGCGACUUGAUGAGCAACAACCUCUCAGCGGAUGUUGAAUGCGCCAAGAUCAUUGCCCAGGACUCCAACGGCAUGAGCGCCUGGGUGGCCUGGACGUCGUACUGCCAAGGCCAGGAUCUGUGGCAGUACGUAGAAGGAUGCGGCGUGUGAGAGCUGCCCCGGCAUCGGGCUCCGUCCUGCCCCGAGUUCUCCAGGCCCUGUCUUGCCGCCUUCCCCCAGACCUUUCCAAAUGGAAUCACCCCCCGAAUCCAAGACCCAGCAUCCGACUGCUCAGCUUC